UCGCAUUGGCAUUGAUAAUAUGUAUAGAGAUUCUGCACAUGCAUCGCUUUCGACUCAGUGUACAAUCUGCAAGCCCCUGCAAGGCCCUGCAAGUCAGACACAAGCUUUAUCAUAUUAGCAGUAGCCAAUGAACCACCACAAGCUAUUUAUCCUACUCGUUCUAGCUUCUCCUGCGUAGGAAGGCCCUGCAGGUCGCGCACAGGUCUCUCGUGGCUCUGCAUGUGCUUACUGUCAGCACUUUAUGGUCGAAAUGCUACAUGAUAAGUUUGUUUCGCCUGUGGCUCUUUUUCGAAAUGCGUAUUCUUCACUCUCUUCUCAGCUCUGAACAUGCUACUUCAAAGCCUUUUCUUGCUAUGCUGCGCUACAACUGCACAGGCUCAUGCACGUCUCGGGCGUACUGCCCAGGUGAUUGACGCAAGGCAAAUCAGCAAUCGGACGACGUACGACUUCGUAAUUGCAGGAGGUGGUAUCGCAGGACUUACGGUAGCAGAUCGUUUGACGGAGAACCCAAAUAUAACAGUACUAGUCAUCGAAUACGGCCCAUUCGACCAGAGAGAAGAUGGUGUCAUGAUUCCUGGCGCGUAUUUCCCGGUACCUUAUCUCUGGCUACCAUUGAUGAGUACACCGCAAGCAGCGCUUGGUGGUACAUCGUAUGGUGUGCCAUGUGGUAGGGUGGUGGGCGGCGGGUCUGUUGUGAACGCCAUGUUCUUCCAUCGAUCAGAUGCAGAGCUCUACAACGCUUGGGAAGAACUGGGCGCGACUGGCUGGGGUUGGGCUGAUCUGUUUCCGUACUUUAAGAAGAGUGAGACGUUUACAGCACCGGACGCGGAUUAUGCAGCGAGCCACAAUAUUACUUGGGAUGUUUCCGUACAUGGCUUUGAGGGCCCAGUACAAGCCAGACAUGCUCCAUAUGAUUACCCAGGUAGUGCCGAUAUGUACAACGGAGCCCUGAAGCUAGGUAUCCAGCCAGCCCUGGACCCCAACAAUGGCCACGCUCAAGGCAUAUUCCGUCUCCUUCGCUCCGUUGAUCCUAAAACCCAGACGCGUUCUUCAGCUCGAGUCAAUCGAUAUGAUAGGGAUGCUGCGAGACCAAAUUACCACAUCCUCGCGAGUACAGCAGUAUCGCGCGUUCUCUUCGAGGAUAGCACCGCUGUAGGCGUGGAGUAUACUGGCACGUCGGGUGGCGAGAAACACAUUGUCCACGCGAGCAAAGAAGUCAUCAUAGCAGCUGGAAGCGUACACACGCCGCAGAUCCUACAACUUUCUGGGAUUGGCGACACUGCUCAUUUGGAGGGUUUGGGUAUUGAGACUGUUUCAGGUCUCCCAGGUGUCGGUCGAAAUCUGCAGGAUCAUCUGGUUCUGAAAGUGAAUUACAACUAUACAUCGAACCACUUUCCGAAUGGCGGUUCCUUGCAGUCUAACACCACAUAUGCCACAGAACAACGCGCUCUCUUCAAAGCUGGAAAAGCAAGCGCAUUCGACCUCACUAGUACAACUGGCAAUCUCAUGAUUCAGCUGCCGCUUUCCAAUUGGACGAACGACUCCGCAUCUAUCAUGGCCCGAGCAUCCUCACUCUCACCAACCGAUGUACUUGGUAGCGAUAUCGACCCAUCAAUCCUCGCUGGCUACGAAAGGCAGCGUGCCAUCAUCAUCAAGGACAUCAAUAUAGAGGCUGUGGGUGGUCUAUCAUGGAACACCGGCCCUGAAACAAGUAUCUACAUGACACGCCCUCUCAGCCGUGGCUCCAUCACCAUAAAUUCAACUAGCAUUUUCGACGCUCCACUUAUCGAUUACGGUGCGUUGACAGACCCAACCGACCUUGAUAUCCUCUACGCAAUCUACAUGAAGAACCGCGAAUUGAUGGCUACACCCGAUAUUUCUAUCCUUGGUCCUAUCGAGACAGGGCCCGCACCGGGUAUCAGCAAUGAGCAAGAUAUCAAGGAGAAGAUCAAAGCAAUUUUGCAGCCAAGUAACGCGCACCAAUGUUGUACUGCUGCUAUGAUGCCAAGAGAAGAUGGCGGAGUUGUUGACCCGCAGAAUAGAGUCUAUGGCACUUUUAAAUUGAGCGUGGUGGAUGCGAGUACGUGGCCGCUUGUUGCUGGUGGUGGACCACAGGCUAGCGUUUAUGCUGGAGCUGAGAAGGCUGCAGAGAUGAUCAAGAAGCGUCAUGGAUUGCUUUGAGAUCCAUCUCUUGAUGUCCUUGGCGUUCGUAAGCCGCGGAGUGGACAUUGGGGAAGCUGUCGGGGUUUGCGGAGUUAUCGCUGUUGGCUACCUGUCGGGCGUUGAUCUUAUCUCACGUGUAGUUCACAUUCAA